AUGGCAACGCGGCGCCUCCAGGAGCUGUUCGCAAAGUUCGACACUUCGGGAGAUGGCGUCCUGCAGGAGGAGGAGAUGAAGCUACUCUUCGAGAAGCUCGGCCUUGGGAAGAAGGACGUAUCUGAGCUGUUUGAGACGGCUGAUUCGAACAAGGACGGCGUGAUCCAAGUCCAUGAGUUUAUUUCCUGGUUGACGGCCAGUGCCCCCAAGGUGGCCUACACGCAGACGAAGACCGGCGUUGACGCUACCAUAACCAAUCCCCACAAAUGUGGAAAAUCCUUCUCCCUCACCUUCAACAACUGCACGAACGUGUCUUUUCCGGAGGGCAACCCGGCGACCUUCUUGCUCGAGCCUGGUGAGCAGAUCACGAAGACAGUUAUUGCCAAAGUGGACGCCCAUGGUGCCUGGAGGUGGAACUCGCGCUGGAGCUCCCGUUCGAAGUACAUUGCUGCAGAGGAUGACCCCAAUGCCUUCCGGGAUGCCGACUUCCCCUGCGACGAGUCCAGUAUCGGGACCAGCGGAACCUGUUGGUCUGUGGGCAAGCCAGACACGUGGGUGAGGGCACGGCUUCUUGGAGACCCCGAGACGGCGUGCUUGUUCGAUCAGAUCCGUCCACAGGACAUCCUCCAGGGACAAGUCGGAGAUUGUUGGCUGCUGUCGGCCCUCAGUGCCCUUGCGGAACACCCGCAACGCAUCCGCUACCUUUUUCCGAACACCAGGCAGCUGUCCGAGGACGGGAAAUAUGAGGUGCGUCUCUACGAUCUUGAGAAGGAGGACUGGGUGGAGAUUGUGAUCGAUGAGUUCGUGCCCUGCAACACUGGCAGCGGCACUCCCACGCCCACGUUCUCCAAGCCUUUGGGGGAAGAAGUCUGGGUUCAAUUGCUGGAGAAGGCCUUUGCCAAAUACUGUGGAAGCUACGGCGCCCUCUCGGGUGGCAACGCCGGUUUUGCUUUCCAAGUUCUGACCGGGGAAGUCCAUAUCCGGUCGUACGAGAAGCUUGACGAAGGGAAGUGGCGCCGGCGCCGCAUGGAUCCCAAGAUGCAGAUCCAGCGCGGUCCGCGGAACCCGCUGAAUUCAUACUGGCGGUGGAAGAAUUCGGACCUGCAUGCGCCGGAGGCCCUGUUCGAGGUUCUGCAGUCCGAGCUCUCUUCGAAGCACACCCUGGUCUCCAUCAUUACGGAGAAUUCGAAGAGCGUGGAGGAAGCCCAGGCGUCUGGCUUGUACAAACUGCACUUCUACUCCAUCCUGUCUGCUGUCUCCGAGCAGCUCGACGAUGGCACCGCAGUCAAGCUGGUCCAGAUGCGCAAUCCCUACGGUCGCAAGGAAUGGACCAAGGAUUGGAGCGACAGCAGCAGCAGAUGGGAGGAGAAUCCGGAGCUGCGCAAGCGCAUCGAUGUGCGGUCGCGCAACGACGGCCAGUUCUGGAUGUCCUUUGAGGACUGGGAGCGAAUGUUUUCGGUUGUGACCAUUUGCCCAUCGGGCGGCGCGCCGCCAGAAGAAGAUGAUGAGGAGGAAGGUGCGGAAGACAACGAGGCUGCUGCUGUCCCACACAUGUGA